AUGGCCCAGGCCUCCUCUGGUAGCGAUGACUCUGAGAAGAUCAAGAUUACCUUACCCGAGUCUUCCUUUGAGAUGUACAAUGCUGAGAAGCCCAGUCUUGAGGUUGAGCUUUCCAAGGCCGAGCUCUUGGAUAUGUACACCAAGAUGACUACCAUGAGACGUAUGGAAAUGGCUGCUGAUGCCAUGUACAAGGCCAAGAAGAUCAGAGGUUUCUGCCACUUGUGCAAUGGACAGGAAGCUGUCUCUGUUGGUAUGGAAGCUGCCAUCACCCACGAUGAUCAUGUCAUCACCUCUUACCGCUGCCACGGUUUCACCUACGUCCGCGGUGGCUCUAUCAAGAGCAUCUUGGCCGAGUUGAUGGGUCGUCGUGAUGGUAUUUCCAAGGGAAAGGGUGGCUCCAUGCACAUGUUCUCGCCUUCCUUCUACGGUGGCAACGGUAUUGUCGGUGCCCAGGUUCCUCUUGGUGCCGGUAUUGCCUUUACCCAAAAGUACCUCGGUAUUCCCUCGGUCACCUUUGCCCUUUAUGGUGACGGUGCUUCUAACCAGGGUCAGGUCUUUGAGGCCUACAACAUGGCCAAGCUCUGGGAUCUUCCCUGUGUCUUUGUUUGCGAGAACAACAAGUACGGUAUGGGCACCUCUGCCAACCGUUCCUCUGCCUCUACAAAGUACUUUACCCGUGGUGACUACAUCCCCGGUAUCUACGUCAACGGUAUGGAUGCCCUUGCUGUCUACAGAGCUUGUGAGUGGGCUAAGGAAUGGACUACCUCUGGAAAGGGUCCUCUUGUGAUGGAGUUGGCUACUUACCGUUAUGGUGGUCACUCCAUGUCCGAUCCCGGAACCACCUACCGUACCCGUGAGGAGAUCCAGCACAUGCGCUCCACCUCUGAUCCCAUCACUGGCAUGAAGCAGAUCAUCCUCGAGCACGGUGUUGCCACCGAGGCUGACCUCAAGGCCAUUGACAAGGAAGCCCGCAAGAUCGUUGAUGAGGCUGCCAAGGAGGCCGAGGCAUCUCCCGAGCCAGAGCUCAAGGAGUUCUACACCGACAUCUACAUCCCCGGUACUGAGCCCAAGGUCAUCCGUGGCCGCGUCCCCUCUGAAUCCAAGCACUUUUAG